AUGAUCGCCCACGCAAUAAUAUGGACCACUAUAUACUUCUUAUUGAUAAAAUGCCCCAACAACAUAGGUACAGUCAUCUCAAGGCUGUGCGUUACCGUACCCUGCGCUCUCUACUUACUUCUAAUACUUGGCAUGUCAGUUAGUGGAUUCCAUUUUAGCGGGAAAACCAAUAUGGAAAAGGAAAUCACUCAACAAAAACGUGAUGAUGAUCCGUUUGAUUAUUGGGCUGACAUCAGGGGUUUCUAUCGCACUUCAAUACUUACUGUUGACUAUUCUGGUGCUUUUUCUGGAAUUUUAUUGUUUGCUACGAGCAGACUUCGUCCAGGAGCAAAAUCACUAAAUGCUCUUAUGCUAGUGCCUUUGAUGAUG